CGCAGGACAUGUGGGCCCGCGCCAAUGAGGACGUCACACUGCAUUGCGAUGUGCGCUUUGCCACCUGCCCCGACCUGCCCGUUACCUGGAUGUUUGCCAAGGAUAUGCGCACACAGGACCUGGCACUGUUUGAGGAGCUGCAGGGAAGCGCGGUGGGACCUCUCAGCCUGACCCUCCAGGACCCCACUCCAGGAACCAUCGGCUGUCUCCUGGGGGGCCUUUCUGAGCCCUUGGUCCGCAAGUACUUCAUCUCAACGGUGCACCCAGACACCUGCGUGCCAGGGGGCAGUGGACGGCCACGGCAAGCGCUGGAGGGGCUCAACACAACAUGGAGCAGCCAAGGGCAGAAAGUGACCUGGUUCACUGCGGUCCCACAGUUGAGGGCUUGCAACGUGAUCAUUUGCUACACGGCAUGCAGUGACCCUGUCCUCCAGGACCGUGACUACUUGCUGCAUGCUCUGGAGCAGUCUGCGGUGCGGCCCAGCUGCUGGCCCAAGGACUGCAGCGAAGUCCCCCAUGGCAGCCCCAGCGGUGUCUACGUCAUCCAGCCCGCAGGGUUGCACCCCAUUGUGGUGUACUGCGAGAUGAACGUGACGGACGGGGGCUGGACGGUCAUCCAGAGGAACCAGCAGAGCACGGAGAUCACCUGGGCCGAGUCCUGGAGCACCUACAAGAACGGCUUUGGGAACGUGCGCACCGAGUACUGGCUGGGCACCGAGUACAUCCAUCAGAUCUCCAAGCAGAAGGUCUACCAGGCCAGGUUUGUCAUCUGGGAUGCUGCAAACAACAUCAAGUUUGCAGACUACAGCUUCUUCAGUGUGGAAGACGAGUCCCAGGGCUACCGGCUGCGGCUGGGAACGUACUCGGGGACAGCGGAGGAUGCCAUGGCCUCAAAGAGUCCCAGCACUGUGCACGACAACAUGAAGUUCUCAGCCAAAGAUCAGGAUCAGGACACUUCCAGCAGCAACUGUGCCUCCCGCUAUGGGGGUGGGUGGUGGUACUCGGCGUGUUACUCUGCACGGCUGAACGUCAAGGGGGCCAUAACGUGGGGCAGCCUGUGCAGCGGGAACUGCAAAGCUUCUGCCAUCCUCAUCAAACCAGCUCCGCACCAUUAG